AAAAAACAAAACUAAGACAACAAUUGUAUGAAAUAUAUUUUCUUAUCUGAUUGACAGGUUGUGUGACCUCCUUCAUAGUGACUGGAUAUUCUGGAGGAACUGUCAUCAUCUACUGUUAUUAUAACAUAGAAGAGAAGAGUAAUGGGAAAUAUUUCUGCAUGGGGCAGAACAGUUUAAGUUGUGAGGAGAAAAUAAGAACAAGGAACACCAGCCGGGAGUGGAAUCACAGAGGUAGAGUCUCUCUGUUUGAUAACACUGGGGGAAACUACAUCAUGGUGGUCAUCAGACAACUGACCAGAGAAGAUGAAGGAACCUACUGGUGUGGAGUGGACAAACCUGAUGUACCUGACAGUUAUACCAAGGUGGAGCUGGAAGUCAAGGAAGAUAAAUGCUGUUUGAAGUCAGUCAGAGAGACGCUCUAUCUGGGAGGAGAUUUUCCCCUCAUAUGUAACUAUCCAGAGAAAUAUGAUAACAGCACCAAAUAUUUCUGCAAAGAAGAUAAUGACUUAAAUACUUGUUAUUACAUUAUCUCAGCUUUCUAUGACUCAGAGUCUGCUAAAGCUAAAAGAUUCUCUCUGACUGACAACAAAACAGAGAAAAGCUUCACAGUGACUUUCAGUAACCUGACUGAAUAUGAUACUGGGACAUACUGGUGUGGAGUACAAAACAGGACAAAAGACGUGUUGCAUUACUUUUCACUGAUUACUGAGGUACAUCUCAGUGUGAUUGAUUCUACACCAGCAUCAGCACCAUCAGCAACAUCUCACAACACAUUUGGUACCUUAGUAGUGAUCACUGUGAUUCUGGUUGUGGUGUUGUUCACUCUUAUCUUCUACAUUUUCUACAAGAGAAAAUGUAACACACUACAAGAGCUGAUCUCAUCUAGUAGACACACCUCUGGGAUAUCAAACACCCAACCAGGAAACAGUGAGGACAUGAGGGCUCUGAACACCCAACUAGGAAACAGUGAGGACAUGAGGGCUCUGAACACCCAACCAGGAAACAAUGAGGAGAUGAGGGCUGCAAACCAAGAUCCAACUUAUCAAACCCUAUCCAACUCUACAAACCAAGAUUCAAUUUACCAAACCCUGAAGUCCAACUCUGCAAACCAAUAUUCAAUUUACCAAACCCUGAAGUCCAACUCUGCAAACCAAGAUUCAAUUUACCAAACCCUGAAGUCCAACUCUGCAAACCGAGAUUCAAUUUACCAAACCCUGAAGCCCAACUCUGCAAACUAAGACUCAAUUUACCAAACACUGGAUGCUGGAAAUAACAUUUAAAAGUGAAAUUAUAGGGACAUUAUCCCUAUAUAACCUCUAGUGGUAGAAUGACUCUGUUUCUCUCCU